CGGAGGCCAGGGCCUCAUCCAUCACACACACUCAGGAGGACCUACCUACCUACCUACCUACUGUCACCAGACACAGUACAGGAGGCCAGAGCAUCAGCCAUCACACACAUUCAGGAAGACCUACCUACCUACUGUCACCAGACACAGUACAGGAGGCCAGGUCAUCAGCCAUCACACACACUCAGGAGGACCUACCUUGCCGAGCAGCACUGAACCAUGGGAAAACAGAAGAUAUGGUUGGACAAGCUGGCACGGAACUUCCAGAUCCGUAACCUGCUGCUGCGCCAGGCUCUGGCAGAGUGUCUGGGUACCCUCAUCCUGGUGAUGUUUGGUUGUGGUGCGGUGGCUCAGCUGGUGCUUAGUGGAGGAUCUCAUGGCAUGUUCCUCACCGUGAACUUUGCUUUCGGCUUCGCUGCCACCCUAGGGAUCCUGGUCUGUGGCCAAGUAUCAGGAGGCCAUCUAAACCCGGCGGUGACCUUCGCCCUCUGCCUGCUUGGGAGAGAACGCUGGAGAAAGUUCCCAAUGUACUUUGCCUUCCAGACACUGGGCGCUUUCCUGGGCUCCGGGAUCAUCUUUGGCCUGUACUUUGACGCUCUGUGGGGCUUUGCUGGAAAGCUCAUCGUUACCGGGCCCAACGCCACUGCUGGCAUCUUCGCCACCUACCCUGGCGAACAUCUCAACCUGCUCAAUGGCUUCUUUGACCAGGUGAUUGGCACGGCGGCGUUGGUCGUGUGUAUCCUGGCUAUCGUAGACCCCUACAACAACCCCAUCCCCCAGGGCCUGGAGGCCUUCACGGUGGGCUUCGUGGUGCUGGUCAUUGGCCUGUCCAUGGGCUUCAACUCCGGCUACGCCGUCAAUCCUGCCAGGGACCUGGGGCCUCGUCUCUUCACCUCCCUGGCAGGCUGGGGCACCGAGGUCUUCACUGCCGGUAAGUGCUGGUUCCUGGUGCCCAUCUUUGCCCCGUUUAUAGGCUCCACCUUUGGGGUGAUAGUCUAUCAGCUGAUGGUGGGCUACCAUCAAGAGGGAGAGGCUCGCGACAAGAAGAGGAGGGAGGAUGAGGAGAAAGAGGAAGUCAGAGUCAGACUCACUAAUAUCACCAAAAAGGAUGCCCUAAAGGAAGAGAUGGUAUGAGUCUCUUAACCUACCACUCUCCAGCAGCCUUCACUCCCCACCACUACCACCACUACUACUACCACUACUACUACCACCACCACCACCACUACUACCACCACCACUACUAUCACCACAACCACCACCAUCACCACAACCACCACCACUACUACCAUCACCACCACCACCGACACCAACACUACUACCAUCACCACCACCACUACUACCUACCACCAUCACCACCACCACCACCACCACCACCACCACCACCACUACUACCAUCACCACCACUACUACUACCACCAUCACCACCACUACUACCACCAUCACCACCACCACCACUACCAACCCCACCACUACAAGCAUCCUGUACCCCUAAAGCGAGUCCCAGUGGGGGGUACCGUCUCCUGGAGGGCCGGUGGGUCCCUCACCAUCCUUGACUCUGACAGCUGUGUGUCUGUAAGGAGACAAAUACAGCACACACAUGCACAAUGGACCACAGUCUUUUCCAUAGCAUCAGCAUCGCUCCAGUAUAUUUAGCUCUAGGCUUCCUUUGUCUUACAUUGCAGCUUAAUCGUGUCCUUAAGUAAAAGGGUGAAUGUCAUGACUCAAACAGAAUUAUAUUAAUUCUAAACGUUUAGAAACAAUGGAAGUUUAUAUCCUAAUAUCUUUAGGGCUACUGUUUGAAAUGUUUGCUCUGUUUUAUACUGAUUGUAUGUGUCUCAGAGGAGGCUGGUGGGAGGAGCUAUAGGAGGAUGGCCUAUUGUAAUGGCUGGAAUGGAAUUAAUGGAACGAUAUCCAACACAUCAAACAUAUGAAAACUACAUGUAGUUGACUCCCUUCCAUCAAUUCCAUUCCAGCCAUUACAAUGAGCCCGUUCGUCUAUUGCUCCUCCCACCAGCCUCCUCUGAUGUGCCACGACCAGAGUACUGGAAUUUCUAAAAUGUCAAUGUCAACAUUCCUCUCACAAGGAAAUGCCUGCUUUUUCUUGUUACGGAAAUUGAAGGAAUACCUUCAAACAGUGAACAUAGGUUGAAUUUAAGCAGAUGUUUUCCUGGUUAGAGGAAAGAGAACACCUCUCUAUGGGAUAGGUAGUGUGAUAAUGACUUUUGAUUAAUGCUUGUUAUGUCAUUACAUGUAAUACAGACUGUAUACUGUCUAUCUGUUGGCAAGGUAACAAGACUACAACCAGAAAACAGUCCGUUCUGUAUAUCUUAUUGUUCAGAGAGUUAACAACUAGCUAGCUGUGAAGUGUUCAAGCAGUAUACUUUGAUUGUUUCAUGGCAACACAGCCUUCUGACCUCUCAUUGGAGUGAUGAAAACCACCGUUCUUCUUUCCUUCAUCAGCUCUUGGGUUUCUCACCAUAUAAAAACAUUUGAGAUUCAUUGAUUUGAUUCAUUUUCAUUGGGUUUGAUUGCCAACACUUUUUGCUUGUAAAUAUUUGCAGUAUUUAAACCUGUCAAUAAAACCACUGCCAUAUGUGCCUUGUGUCAGUAACACGUUGCUAGGGUUCUAAUGACUGUGCCCUAAGGCCUUUGGUAUAUUGUUAGUUGGGUCAGGAGUAUUUUUUUGUACUAUCAUUAUAAUAAAGUUAUGUUAUGGUUUAAAUAUGGUUCAUGA